CUCAAUCCAUGGCUGCCUCAUACUCUCUCUGCAACUUCCUCUCCUUCCUCACACCCACAAAACCCCCAUCCCAGACCAAACCCCCACCUCCCCAUCUCCAUCUCUCCCAAACCCAGAAGCCCAGAGACGCUUUCGUCCCUCUAGUUGCCCAGCCUGGUCCCUCUUUCUCUUCUUCUUCUUCUUCGGAAUUGGAGUCUGUCAUCAACCCCUCUCUGGCUUAUGCCAACACUCUCUUCUUUAAGUCGGCUUACAAUGUCCAAGUCAUCGUCGAUGAGGGCGAGUCCGAGGAGCGGCUGCUCAACCGGUUCCGGCGAGAGGUGAUGCGAGCUGGCGUCAUCCAGGAAGUGAAGAGGAGGAGGUACUUUGAGAACACUCAGGAUGAGAAGAAGCGCAGGACUCGCGAUGCUGCUAAACGCAACAAAAGAAGGCGAACAUUUUCGAGGCCUCCCCUUAUGCAGAACAGGCAGGGGCAGGAUGUCCCUGUACCGAAGAAGAGUGAUGACGACGAAGAUAACUGGGAUCUACCUGAGGGAGACAUACCCUAUUGACCACUUUAUACCUUUUGUUGGUACAUCUGUCACAUUGAUUUAGAGAGGCUUUUGGUUCAUGUAAGUGGCACAAGUUGAUUCAGUUACUCUUCAAUUCACUCAGUGCAUACUGCAUUUUAUGAGUUUCUAAUGUUGCUUCAAAAUGAGCGUACUUUGUGCUAAUGGCUCUGUGUUUAUAGAGGAGAAUUAAUGUCCUAUAUUGAAUGGCAUGAAAGAAGUAGGGGACUAAGGGGACUGAUAAAGGAUGAUUAUGUUUUAGCAAUAUUGGAUAGUCAUUAGAUGUUUUUCUUUGCCUUCUCGACUGCUUUUUAGUCCUGGGCACUAGUUAGUUGGAACUCAUAGGAGGUAAGGUAUUUGAAGAAACAAGAUUUACAGUUCUAAGCAGGGCCAUUAAGAUCACAAAGGAGAGGAGAGAGGAUUUGUCUUUAGAUUAGGUCCUUGAAAUAUUCAAUAUAUCAUCUUAAUGUUUCAAUAGCAAAGAUUUUGAAGAUACAGAGUAAC